AUCCUAAUCAAGAAGUGUUCUUGCUUAACUUAUCAUCAACUAUGUCUGAGGAGAAAGACUAUGAGAAGGAGGAGAAGCACCACAAGCACCUGGAGCUUCUCGGCGAGCUCGGCGCCGUCGCCGCGGGGGCGUUUGCAUUGCCGCAGUAUGAGGGGCAUAAGGCAAGGACCGAUCCCAAGCACGCGCACCGACAUAGGCUUGAAGAGGAGAUUGCUGAAACAGUUGCACUAGCCUGCGCCGGAUUUGCGCUCCAUGAGCACCAUGAAAAGAACAAGGCAAAGAAACACCAGAAUUAGGGCUACAUAUAUGUAUAUAUAUAUAUAUAUAUAGAGAGAGAGAGAGAGAGAGAGAGAGAGAGAGAGAGAGAGAGAGAGAGAGAUAUUUUUCUCUUCACCUUUUUCACUAACUCGUUUAUGCAUAUGAAUGAACUAAAACUUGGAUAUGGAGUGAUAGUAUAUAUGAGUAUAUAGGUGCAGUGUUUACAUUUCGUGUGGUAUUUAAGAUACAAAUGUGUGUUCUCUUGUU